UUGAAGGUAUUCGCUCCUCAUCUUGAAAGCAUUGUGCAGUUGACAGUGGGCGCUAUUCAGGACAGCUUUUACAAGGUAUCCGCUGAGGGACUAAGUGUAGCAUCACAUCUCGUACCAGUUAUUCGCGAUUGUGGCUGUGGUAAUCUAGUGCCGACUCUUUACAAAGCUAUUUUUGACAAAUUGAAUAUUAACGAUAUUGAUCAGGUCCCGACUACACUGGAGCUUAUGGUGGAACGUCUUCGUAACGAAAUGACCCGACUGUAUGCUGUCCGAGCGCUGAUAAUGAUAGCUGAAAGUCGAACUCCUCUCGUGGAUAUUUCACCGAUUGUGCCAUUCCUUCUACCAACAUUUACCGAUUUCCUCAAAAAGAAUUCUCGUGCCCUUAGGAUUGGUACUUUGCAUCUGAUUGAAGCUCUUCUUUUGAGAGAUGACAUACCGGUAUUGGAUUCGGAGGAUUUGACGCUGAUCUUCGAAGAGUUGCCUCCGCUUAUCCGGGAGUCAGACUUGCAGAUUUCCCAGCUUUGUUUGAAGUGUAUUACCGUUGGCUUGCAAGCAUAUCCGAGUCGAGUCGCACCGCAACUGGACGCAAUACUUGCUGCUGUCAUUCACCUUUCACAAUCGGCAUUGUUGCAGGGUGCCACUUUGCAAGCAUCUCUUGAUAUGAUUCAAGUAUUAGUUUCGAAUCCAGUGCCAGGAAAACCAGAGUUCGAGGAGUUACUUGACCAGCUCACGGCACCUGUUUAUGAUGUUCCAAAUUUAUCCAGACAAGCCUUCCAAUCGAUCUCUGCUGCCACCGGUGUCGUUGCAGCAGCUAGUGGAGACAUGGAAAAGGUUCAGUUUUGUGCUUUAUUGAAAGUGAAGCAUGGUAUGGUGCGAUCCCUGGCGGAGAAAUUGGCGGAUCAACUGCAGAAUGAAACGUCAACGGAUGCGAUCCGUUUGUUCAGUGUUCAUGCGCUGGGUGAACUUGGGCGCCGUUGUCCCAAAGUCUACGAAAAUAGCAGUCUUGAGUUAGUUUAA